UCCAGCCCUUAGGAGGCCUGCCUCCCCACAUGCCCAGGGUUUUCAAAGCCAGAUAUUUUGGGGGUUUGUCUCUCAGGGGCAGUUCUUGAAAAUUGGAGUGCCUGAUGUGAAGUAGAAAUGCUUUGCACCUCAGGGAGCAGCUGCGGUUGGGUCCCUACCUCCAUCUGCAGGGAAUACAGCUAAUGGAACAGCUUGCCUCUUCUUCCAUUUCUAUUUGGGAAACCUAAUCUGGCCUAAGAAGAGAUUUUUCCAGCAAGAGCGCCAAGGGUCACAGACUCUCUCUUCUCUGCAGAAAAUGAGCAAGGAUUCAGGUAACACUGGAAGCCACCCUGGAUCUCACACUGGAAGGGAGAUCAGAAAGACAAGGAGCUCCCGAGGCCACAUGAAAAGGUUGAUAGGGUCUGACUGUGACCAGAGAGUGGGGCCGCCUACAGCAGCGACAGACUUACAUGGUGCAGAGAAGACCUGGCUGCAGAGGGCCAUGGUGCACAGCAGGGUGGCAAGGACAGCCCCGGAGACCUUCAUGAUGCUGAGCAGACAAGCAGUGUGGGCUUGAGUGUCAGCAGAAAUGGGACAGGGCACUCACUGCUGACUGCGCCUUUCUGGAGUUACUGCUGUUCAAACACAUGGGCUCUGUGUUCAUCCCAUCCCUGUGAUUGCUAAUGCUGGUCCUGAGGGAGGUAAAGCAAAGGUAAGACGAUGGCCCUGACAGGGUUCACUGGGGCUUUAGCAUCCAGGGAUCUUCCCUUGUUACUCUCCAUUCCAACGUGGAAGUUCCUGUCACUUGCUUCCUUGAGAACUCUAGAUCACAGACAGCCUCCUCUGCACCCCAGCCCCUCUUCUCCAGCCCUCAAUCGACACCCUGAAUUGCAUUCCCUUAGUUACUUCUUGGGGAAGCCCCUUCAUCCUUGUGAUUCAGUUUCUGAGAGCUGGCUUCUAUGAGUUGGGGAGGGCAAGGAGAAGGAAAUGGAACCUGCUGAAUCAGUCACUUUUCUGAUAGUGGACUUUAUUAUCUACUUCUAAGAUUACAGCACUUCCCGCAGUAUGUUGUAAUUAUGUAAUUUUCUCAUAAAAAAUGUAGACUAUGUCCUGUUGAUUUCAAACCAAAUUCAUACCAUGUCUUGGUUGAUUAAACCAAAUCAAUGCACAUAAUGACUAUAACGUGAUGAAUUGUCUUAGUCUCUAUUUCUUAUAAUUUUUUUCUUUUUAAUAAAGGUGCUUUAUUGAAUAUAAAAUUCUAUCUUAGUGUUUGUAUAUUUGUAAGACUUUCCAUCUCAAUCUGCUAAUCAGAAAAAAGCUCUUUGUUUUGUGUAUUUUACUGAACUGGAAAACAACAUAUUUGCAAAGACAUGUGCAAAUAACAUGUAUGCAAAGCCAAUAUGCACAUGUUGAAUGAACAAUGUAAGGGAGACUUAGGAUGGUUGAGUUGGUUGAAAAAGGGUUUUAGAGAUUUCCUAUGCAGUAAAUUGAUGACUUGUUUACAAUCACAUAGAUGGAAUUGGUCAGUUUUAUAUUCUACUGUCUGUGUUAUUUAGUGACAUAUCUCCAAUGAUAGCCACAAUGCGUGACACUAGUGGAGCUUAAUAAGUACUCAGUGAAUGAAUGAAUAAAUCACUGAUUUGGGUAACAGUAUGUGUUAAUGCCCAAAGUCCCACUAUAUAGUUAAAAUAGUAACGGGAAGGAAAGGAUCAGAAAGGCUAGUCUCAAAGUCUUGAUCUUUGGGGACCACCCAAGAUCUCUCAGGUGGUGGUGGCAGGGAGUACCCAGCAGUCAGCACGGUGGAUCCUUCAGCACGGAGGGCCUUGCUUUGUGCCCUAGCUUUCUGGCUCAUUCCAGCAGAGCAUCCCAGCCGUGAGCACAGGGAAUUCUGGCUGAACCAUUCAUAUAAUCCAACAUCACUGCCUUGUCCUGCUCUGCUCACCUCCUCAGUGCUUCCCUGGCCCUUCCCCUGAUGGAUUGGUUUCCUUCCAGUUUCCGGGCAUGCAGCUCCACUUUGCUGGGCGUCAAUCUCAGCUCUCUCCCUGAAGGAGCAGAGCUCCAUGGAUGGGUCCACUGAGAAUGACACCCUGGUUUGGCCCAGUCUUGGCCUCCUUUUUUCAGGUGUGGCCCACAGAGUCAAGUUGCAGCAGGCUUACCCACCUUUCAUGCCGGGAGAAAUAAUAUCCUGGGGGCCCCUUACUAGCAUUCUAGAGAGACGGUCUCUAAGGCAGCCCCUCCUUGCUUUCUGCAGCCAGGCCCUUUCCUAUCUUGAGUUCUUCGAGUCAUUCUCCCCUGGCCAUUUUGUGUGUGUGUGUGUGUGCAGUAGAUCAGGGCACGCAUCUUGGUACUGAUCUGAUCCUCCUGCUGUCCCCCAGCUCCCUUUCUGUACUCUCGGUAGAAAGCAUCACUUCCUACCAAGCUCCUAAGCCAGCAAUGUGGGAGUCAUGAUAACUGCUUUAAGAGGGUCCUAUAAACAGGUUGCCUCUCUUUAAUCUGUCCUGUCACAUAGCAGCCAACGUAAUUUUGUUAAAGCUCAAAUCAGUCUCUAUAUCUCUGUUGAACAUCCUUCAGACCCUCUGCAUUGUUUCCAGCAUAAACUGGAAGCCUCUCCUCUGUGACCUGACCCCUGCCUCCUUCUUUGGCUUUGUCUCUUGCCACCUUCAGACUUCCUGGAAACCAAGACUCAACCCUCUGAACCACAUGUGAUUCCCUAAAUGUGCAGGUCUCCUCUGCUUUUUGUGAAUGAGGUGUCAGCUUGGCCAAGCAUAAUUUCCCCUUCUUGUAAACCACAGGGCACAGUGAACUGCUGUGAGCGUGGGUACACCCCCUGACAGACACAGAGAUCAGUAUUUAGAAUAAAUAAGGAAAACCACUCUUUAGUUCCCUUAAAUUUUUAAAGAAAAGAGAGAAAUCCCUGGAUUCCACUGUUCUGUACUCUGCUUUUUUACUGAGAGUACAGAAAGGGAAAAUGCAAAACGGAAAGACCUUUUACAUCAUCAUAACAGAACUUUGGCUGUUAAGCUUUUAACAAAUUUCUAAUAAGCAUGUUUCCCCUUUCUGACUUACUGAUCUCUGAAGCCAGACCUCCUGGGUGUUAUUUCCAGAUCUCUCAUGUAUUAGCUGUAUGUUCUUCUGUAGGCUACUUACCUCUCUGUGCUUUGAUUUCCUCCUGUGUGAAAGGGGAUAUGAAUAGUACCUACCCCAGAGUGCUACUGAAGCAGUCAAACCCGAGUCUGCUUGCUGGAUGCGCAGCAAGCCCCAUGCUGGUACUAGGGUGUAGUAGAGAAAAAUAGGUGUUUAUUGCAGGGCACCAAGAAAGGAGAAUGGGGAGCUAAUGUCCAAGGUUCCGAACUCCCCAUUAGUUCACAAGCAAGGGCUUUUAAAGGGAAAAUUAUGAGAAAGGGUCUCAGGACACACGAUCAGCUCCUGGACAUCUUCUGAUUGGUUGAGCAUUAGGUCACUAGGAGAUAUUUUGGGAUUCUCAAUCAUCAGUCUCCUGGUUCCAACCAGCCUGGGGUCUAGAUGUUUGUGGUGAGCAUGGGGUCCAUCUGGUGGGAUCUCAGCUCCUGUAAAAUAACUCAGCUGUGUGCAUCAACACAUUAGCCAUUGAGGGGAAAUCGUGGAGUCGCAUCUAAACUAAGCAACCUGCUUUUCCUCUGUUCCUGUGUGUACCCAUUGCCCUGAUGAUGACUGACUAUCUAGUCCAAUUCCCACACUCAGGCUUGGAGGGCUCUGGGCCUCUUGUAGAAGAAAAGGUCUGAAAGGCUUCACUGUGGAGGGGGCACCUGCUUGGGUUCAAAAGGACUGCUGUGAGGAAGAGCUACAUUAAUAUCUAUAAAAGAUAUCCAUCAGAUAUCUAAAAUAUGUCAUCUUAGAACAUCACUGAUUCAUAGUAAGUGCUUCGUGUUAGUUACUGUUUUCAUUAUUAAUGAAAUAUUUCAUUAAUCUAUUUUAUAUAGUUUUUAAAAUGUAGGUCUCUUGUUCUUUAUCUGAAUAAUCCACCCCCACACUCUGUCUGGCUAAUCAUCCUUUGAGCCUCAGCUAAGUUUCUAACAGAGAAAAGUUAGAAAAACCUGAGUGGGCUGACCUAAGUAACAGAAUGGUUAAAUAUAAAUUUGAUAUAAAAUUUUGGUAUAUCCAUACAGUGAAAAAUCAUGCUAGUUUUGAGUAUUUUUAUGAGUUUUGAAUGACAUGGAAGAAUAUAAAGUAACAAUAAUAAGAUAUGCCAGUUCAUGAAAAAAUAGUAAGUAACAGUAGGAGAAUACAAAACUGUGUACAGAAUGCUGGGUAGUUCUUGUUGUCUUAUUCAUGCCUUCCUACAUUUUCUAAGUUUUGUACGGUGACCAUGUACAUUUCCUAUAAAAGAAAGGCAAACCAAUAUAAUAAAAAAAAAAACCAGGCAUCACCUUUUUUGCGAGCCUUCCUUGACUUGUCACCACCACCUCCCAAAGCAUGUACCCCAACACCUGACACAGUUUCUGUCAUAUAGAAGGUACUCAGUAAAGUUUUACUGAAUUGUUUUCUUUUCUUGCUCUACAUGCCCUGUGACCAACCUGGAGAGAACUUGAAACAGGUGUAAAAGCAUUGCUUGAAGAAAGAAAACAUGCCUCAUAAGGACUAUUGAAAGUUUUCUUGAACCUACUAAAAUACCGGAGGGGGACUGCUGGCUGAGUGGUGGAGUGUGGCCAUUGCUGACAAGCUGCGUCAACCCUUACUUCCUGUGGACUCCAUCCUGAACCCCAUGCUUUGGUUACUGCCUUUGGUGUACCACUUCCCUCUAGAGUGCGGCCCACUUCUUCCCCACACCUCCCUGCUCUUUCCUCCGUGAUGACACCGUCCUGGGGAAGAGAGCCUGUGCAGAGCUCUUCACUUUCAGUCUGCUGCAGUUUCCUUAUUGACACCAUGACAUCAUCUCUACCCUGGAAAUUCCACUCACCCUCCUGUGCCUCCAACUCCAUCCCAGGCCUCCAAGUUCCUAUAAAGGGGGACUCCCACCUCAGUGUCAGCACAGAGCACAGGCGGCUUCUGAAGUUUCUGGGCUGUGCAGUCUCAGCCCCAGGAAAGCCUCCCCUCCACCAAGACCAUGAAGCUCUGUGUAACUGUGCUCUCUCUCCUCGUGCUGGUGGCUGCCUUCUGCUCUCCAGCGCUCUCAGCACCAAUGGGCUCAGACCCUCCCACCGCCUGCUGCUUCUCUUAUAUCCAGCGGAAGCUUCCUCGCAACUUUGUGGUAGAUUAUUACGAGACCAGCAGCCUCUGCUCCCAGCCAGCUGUGGUCUUCCAAACCAAAAAGGGCAGGCAAGUCUGUGCUAACCCCAGCGAAUCCUGGGUCCAGGAGUACAUGGAUGACCUGGAGCUGAACUGAGCUGCUCCAGGCCUGGAGGCAGGAGGUCUCAGGGAAGGCCACCUGGACCCAGCGCUGCUCAGAGAGACACAGCCUCUCCAUGCUCACGACUCCUCUCAGUAGUCCCAGUUUCUUCUCUUAAUUAAUCUUUGUUAUGUGCUAGCUUAUUGUAUUUGGUGUUAUUUCCAUUAUUUAUAUUUGUUUUGCAAAGGAUAUGUGUCCCCCAUGGGGAUGGUCCACAUUCACUGUUUCUCUGUUAUUACAGAUACGUGGGUAAUAUAGUUGAUUCUAUGUGUUUUCAUAAUAAAACU